UCCUAGAAUUCGUAUACGUCGGUCACUAGACUCUUUUCUUCCAAGAGAAGACUUCAGAGAGAAAAAAGCUUGGCUGUUUUGAAGGUGAUUCUCAAAUAGACCAAACCACUUUCGCCUACAACUCCAAUCGACGUCGUACCCUUUUGUUCUUCUCUCUGUCGCAAAGUGCUGAGUAAUAUUGAGGAAGAUGUGGGCAGCUUCUUGCCUCGCCUCAUGUUGCGCGGCCUGCGCUUGUGAGGCAUGCCGAUCGGUGGCAUCUAGUAUAAGCCGGCGCUCUGCUCGGAUUGCGUACUGUGGUCUCUUUGCGUUGUCUCUGAUCGUCUCAUGGAUUCUUAGAGAGGUGGCUGCUCCUCUCAUGGAGAAGAUUCCAUGGAUCAAUCAUUUCCACCAAACUCCAAACAGGGAGUGGUUUGAAACAGAUGCAGUGUUGCGUGUGAGCUUGGGGAACUUUCUAUUCUUCACCAUCCUAGCCAUUCUAAUGAUUGGAGUCAAGGAUCAAAAGGAUCCUCGUGAUCGUUUGCACCAUGGUGGAUGGAUGACGAAGAUUGUUUGCUGGUGCAUUUUAGUAUUUAUCAUGUUUUUCCUUCCAAACGCAAUUGUCAGCUCCUAUGAGACAGUGUCAAAAUUUGGCUCUGGAUUGUUUCUUCUUGUUCAAGUGGUUUUGUUGUUGGAUUUCGUUCAUGAAUGGAAUGACAAAUGGGUCAGAAAGGAUGAACAGUUCUGGUACAUUGCUUUGUUUGUUGUUUCACUUGUGUGUUAUCUGUUGACAUUUUCCUUCUCGGGUCUUCUUUUCCAUUGGUUCACGCCAGCUGGACAUGACUGUGGAAUCAAUACCUUCUUUAUUGUUAUGACCCUGAUUUUUGUAUUUGUCUUUGCAAUUGUCGCACUCCAUCCUGCGGUAGGCGGCAGCAUUUUACCAGCUUCAGUUAUAUCAUUGUAUUGCACAUACCUCUGCUUCAGUGGACUUGCCAGUGAACCAAGAGACUACGAGUGCAAUGGCUUCCACAGACACACCAAAGCUGUUUCUACUGGCACACUUACUUUGGGGUUGUUUACUACAGUUCUGUCUGUUGUCUAUUCUGCUGUACGUGCUGGCUCUUCUACAACACUACUUUUAGAACCAGAUUCACCCCGUGGAGGUGCCGACAAGCCCUUGCUUCCCAUGAACAAGACUGCUGAUGAGGACGAGAAGAAGGAUGAAGCUAGGCCAGUCACUUACUCAUAUGCCUUCUUCCAUGUCAUCUUCUCGCUAGCUAGCAUGUAUUCUGCAAUGCUUCUAACAGGUUGGUCAACCUCGGUUGGGGAAAGUGGAAAUUUGGUCGAUGUGGGGUGGCCAUCUGUGUGGGUCCGGAUUGUGACAGGAUGGGUCACAGCAGCCCUUUAUAUCUGGUCUCUGGUUGCGCCCCUUCUGUUUCCAGAGAGGGAGUUCUGAGUGACCACCACAACUCUCACAACUUUAUUAUAUAGUAAGUAAUAUACUCCUUCAUUUGCAGGCGUGUGCAUGUGUAUCACAUUAAAUACAAUACAGUAAUGUCGAGUGAGAAACCGGAAUGCUUAUUUUCCUAUCCAAGUUGAAUAUUUUAUAAACAUAGUAAUAUUUUCUUUGGAGGCAUUCUACUCUGGAGAGUGGUUUUGCCAUGUAAAAUAAAAAAUUGUUGCUUGUAAGA